AAGCAAUGGGAAGAAUGUUGAGCAAUCGUGAGCAAAUUUUGCAAGAUACGGAUAAGAAAAAUUUGUUAAACCUUUAAUUUUUCCGAGUAUAUAUUUUUUGGACGAUUCUGUGCAACUCGAUCCUCGUAAUUUUAUUUACAAAAUUAGAAAACUUUGGGCGCUUUUUUAAAAAUCAGAGUGACUAUUGUGCAACGAGUCAAUCAUACGAGACCGGUGUAUCGAAUAACGUGGACCACGUUCCGCCGGCCGCAGAGGCUUUCUAAGCUGAGGAUCUUUUUCUCUCGAGAUCGAGUUGCCGCUGGCAGGGACACGCGAGCCUCCCCACGGAUUCACAGUUGGGAAAAAAAGCGCGCGCUUCUGCCCAUCCUUCGCCACGUCCUGCCGAUGGAAUUCGAAAAAUCUCCCUCGAAAACGUUCCCCGUUACCCGAACACGGAUCGAUUCUCCACGACGAAGAUUCUACUUUUUUCUUUCGAAAAUUUGCCAUUCGAAGACUAUUCCGGAUUAUUCGAUAUUGCGUUCAAAAUUAUUUCUUUUUUUUUUUUUUUAAGAGAGAAUUUAAAGUAAGUUUAAAUACAUUCUGGAUAUAAUAAAUUUUACGUAGGAUUUUAUUGAUGAUUUUUUUCUUUUUUUUGCGAAUUUUAAAUGGCGAGUUUCACGAGUUAAUUGAUAGAAAUUGUAAAGUUUCGAAAAACUUUUUCCAUUUUCUUAACACCACCAGUUGGGGAUAGGAUUCUAAUUUUGCUUCGAACAUUGUUGAAACACCUUUUCCGGAAAUUUAUUCAGAUAAAACAGUGCAAUUUAACUCGCAACUCGUUCCUGUUUCAACGAGGAAAUAACUCGUUCUCAUUUUCGCAAAUUUAAAAAUUUAACUCGAUCGUCUGGAAACGUUCUUUCGAUCAUUCAAAAUUCAAAGUGUUAAAGGGAUUGAUAUGAUCAUCGUCGGGGGAUUGACUCGAGAUCGAAUCGAAUCGAAUUUUCGGAAAAUUUUAACGUCGAAGCAACCGUUCCCCCUCCGAUCUGUCGAUUGAACGGUGAAAUCUGGUAAUCCCAUCGCCGCACUCGAGUUAUCGGAUUAUCCGAGCGCGGAUUUUACGAAGCGAAAAAGGAAAGAAAGAGAGGAAGAAAGAAAAAUAAGGAAGGGGAGGGUGGAAAAAGCGAUCCGCCAUGUGCGGCGACCGCGUAACACUCGAGAACGCUGUGCUCGUCUUACAACUGGAGCAAAUAUAUUACAUCGCGUGAUCAGAGGCACGCAUCAGUAGCCUGCGGUACGGUAAACGAAAUACACGUGCGGUUCGAUUUUAAUCGCGACGUUGCGGAUCCGUUUCUCUCUGUUCAUCCAAGGGGAAAAACUGUCGCUUUCUUUCUUAAAAUUUGCAAAUAUGCACGAACAUUUUUAAAAAAAGGGGGAAAGGAGGGGUGGAGAGAGGAGCGCGAAAGAAGAAAUGAAGGAUUCGUUGUUUUAACGGUUUGGUAGCAAUCUCAAGGGGAAGGGAAAGUUUCGAACACUGAGAUGAAUUGGAGGAUUUUAGUCGUUGGAUUUUCGUUGGCGAUCGUGGUGGAUAUCUGCGCGGCGAAUAACGAUACUUGGGACAAGAUUCGCGAGAAAAAGGCGAGGUUGGUGAAGAAAUUGAAGAAGGAUUUCCGCAAGUUGAAGAAGCAGGAAGGAGCCGUGAAGUUGGUGGGCAGCGAGAAUGGUGGACACGAAGGAAACGUGGAAAUACUUCACGACGGGAAAUGGGGCAGCGUGUGCGACGACGAAUGGGAUUACUUGGAGGCCAAUGUGGUUUGCAGGCAAUUAGGCUUCGACGGGGCAAUUAAACCGACAGCGAACGGUCACUUUGGCCAGGCCAGAAGAAGAUAUUGGAUGGACAACGUGUAUUGCGACGGGAGCGAGGACGAGCUCUCCAAGUGCAGGUUCGACGGAUGGGGCGCUUCCGACUGCGAGGGCGGAGAGGCGGCCGGUGUAAUUUGCGCCCGCGACCAGCAACAACAGGAAGCGGAGGAUGGGGUUAGGGAGCGGUCGAAGGCGAGGAGGAAGCCGGAGAAACGGAGGAUCAAGGAUACACAUCAGCAGGGAGUGGCGAUAAGGCUGGCAGGGGGACGCGUCCACAGCGAGGGGAGAGUGGAGGUUAAGCUCGGGCGUUCAGAUUGGGGUGUCAUCUGCGGCGAUGGUUGGUCCCUGUUCGAGGCCGCGGUUGUUUGCCGGCAAUUGGGCCUUGGUUACGCCUCCGACGCCGUCCAGACCAACUUUUUCGGCGGCGAGAAGACGCCCAUGGCCAUCAGUGGCGUACAGUGUCGCGGGAACGAGAGCAGUCUGACCGAUUGUCUGCACGACAAGCUCCUCGAUUGUCCAGGCCCUGUAGAAAACGUGGCCAGCGUAGUGUGUCUUCGAGACAUGCCUGAUCUGGUGUUCGACCACAUAGAACUUAUGCGAACGGCCCAUCUCGAGGACAGGCAGUUAUAUUGGUUACAAUGCGCCAUGGAGGAGAACUGCGUCGCCUCGCAGGCAUAUAAAAUUCAAAAGGAGUCGGAAAAUUGGCAUUUGGAGACCAGGAGGCUUCUACGAUUCACAGCGAGGAUCUUGAACGCAGGAACCGCAGACUUCCGGCCGUCGGUGCCGAAACACCUUUGGGAAUGGCACAUGUGCCAUAUGCAUUACCACUCUAUGGAGGUGUUCGCCACGUUCGACGUGUUGGACCUGAACGGGACGAGGCUCGCGGAGGGGCACAAAGCGUCCUUCUGCCUGGAGGAUAAUCAAUGCCUGCCGGGCGUGGAGGCGAGGUACAAAUGCGCCAAUUACGGCGACCAAGGGAUUUCCGUGAAUUGUAGCGAUAUAUACAGGCACAACAUCGAUUGCCAGUGGGUGGACAUAUCGGAGCUUCGCCCUGGGGAGUACAUUUUCAAGGUAGGAUGGCUCGAAAAAUUCCCUCCCCCUGUUUUCGAACAACCUUUGUUUUUGAUCGACGGCCAAGAAAGAGACAAGAGAGAUCCAUUAAGAAGCUUCCUUAUAUUUCUCCCAGACUUCCAAACUUGUAAAUAAUCGCUCCAUUAUUCUCCCUCCCUCUCUCUCUUUCGUCUCCUGUCUCCAAUGAGAGAGAAUCCUUAUGGACAUCCUUACGGUCCACGUCGCAAGAUCGAAGGGGAGCGAGUGAUCGAGAUCGAUAUUUUUCAGGUCGGGGUGAAUCCUGAGCUCAAAGUGGGCGAGAUGUCGUUCGACAAUAACGCGGCAAUUUGCCGCCUUCUCUACACCGAAUCGUUCGCCACUGUGCACAGUUGCGUCAUGGGUCGUCCUUGACAUCCCCCCUUCGUUACGUCAUCAUAUAUAUAAAAACUCUCGAUGCUACGAGCCCAAUAAUUUCGAUCUGCUAAAUUCGAUUUCGAUUAGACGAUUUGAAAAGAAGAGGAAUAUUUAAUAAACUAUAGUUUAUUCGUAUAUUUUUAUUAAAAUCAAUAAAAUCGAGGGGGGGUAACAGUUCAAAUGCUUCAUCGGUAAAAAGUUUUCUCUAAUAAAGAGGAAUUGGCCUGUAGCACGAUUCCUUUGAUCGCACGGAUCCUUGUUACGAAUAUCGUGGAAGGAAGACGCGAGGAAAUGGAAUCGUAUGCUUAUUCGGAGCAUUGGUGUUUGAGGGAGAGAGAGAGAGAGAGAGAGUUUCGUGAAGCUACGAACUAGGAGGAUGCAGACUUGUGGGACAUUCUAACCAAUUUUGAAUCUCAAGGAGGAAUAAGAUCGUUCGUGUAUUCGGGAUGUGUAUACUCUGUUUAUUUAAAAUUGGAACGAGUUUAUUUUCGCGCGAAACUUCAUUAUCAUUGUACGCAAAUCGACGUCCAGAUCGCGCAACCAGUCAAGGAGGUUAGAAAGCGCACAGUCGAGCGAAAAUUUUUAAAUUUUCCGAACUAAUUCUCCGAUUAAUUUAAAUUUUAAAUCAUCGUAUCCUAAUGUAUUAAUUAAGGGGGAUAAUAAUUCCAGUAUAACAAGAGGGAUAACGAUCUUGGAAUUUUUAUUACGGAGAGAAUCAACUAUCUUUUCUUUUUUCUCGAAGGAUUAAGUAAGGAAGACUUUUUUGAAGGGAAGACGAACAAAGUGCUUUUUAGAUGUUUAGAUUAAAAAUUCCGUUCGAUAACAGCACAGUUUUCGUGCCGUCGCUCGGAGGAUUAGAUUUGGAGUAGAAAAAUAGCUGGGAACAAGGGGUUGUACAGCCUUUAAAAGUAGGUCAUAGUUCUUUCUUUUAAACGAGCAACCUUCGAUCGCUCAUAAUUUGAUAAUUAGCAACGUGUUCGUCUCGCCUCGCGUGAAACAGGGAUCUUGAUUGUCGAUCGAGCCACUCGUUUAUUUAGAAAUUUUAGACACCUUGUUCCUUUCUUUCUUCCUCUUAAAUUCCAAAGGGGAGAAAUCAAAUUUCCAUUCUCCUUCGUUUUUUUCAAAUUAUUGUAAAAGAGGCAAAUAAAAAAUUUCCACUUUUA